AUGCUCUCCCCAAUUUCAUUUCCCUCCUUCAAAACCCUAGCCCUGUCCCUCCUCCUCGCAAACAUAGCAACAAGCACAGACACCAACGAAAACGAACCCCAACUCCUCUCCAACAUCUCCCUCGUCAACACAGACGACAUCUUCUCCCUCUACAGCGAGAACCCAAAUCUAAACGCCCGCGCUCUAGAAUGCGGAAUCGGAUACAGCGAAUGCGCCUACGACACUUCCCGCUGCUGUCCGAUCGGCGGGAAAUGCUGCGGGAACGGGUACUGCGCGAAUAUAGGUGAGACGUGCUGCACAGGCGGCGGGACGUGUCCGGUUGGAUUCAAGUGCUGUGACGGGACGACGGGAUGCGCGCCGCUAGGUGGGGAGUGCUGUUCCGGCGGUUACUACUGCCGGGCCGGGAAGAGGUGCCGUGUCUAUAAAGGGGAGAAGGUUUGUUGUGCGUAUAGUGGUUGUAUUGGGGAAUAUGAUGGCAUUGGGUCUGGGGCUACGCUUACUGUUCCCGAUGUUACGUCUACGGCGACGGAGACGGAGGUUGAGACGACGCGGGCUACGACGACUUAUGUUGAGGUUGAUUGGGAUUAUUAUUAUACUACUGUCUACUGGACUUACUGGUACUAUUACUGGACUUCUUAUGCACCCUACACUGUUCGGACGGUUACCUCUACCACCACAAGUACUCGCACUAUCUGGUCUGUUUAUGAGACAAACAGGGCUGAAGCGACGUCGUCGCUUAGCAGGAAGUCGACUCGUUACUCGUUCUCGACUCCUUACGAGGCGACUUCUCUUAAAAGCUCCACUGAGCCGGUCACAUUAUCUACCGGUGCUUCUGCUCCGUCUGCUACUGCGUCUGAUUCAACAGAUGAGAUUGUUUCAGCCGGUCCAGUUAUUGGGGCAAGUUCUGCCGAGAGUGUGGGCGUUAGUGGAACUGGCAUCCUGGCUGCUGUCUUCAUUGCCGCGAUUGGUGGAUUGGCCUUUGGGCUGUGA